AUGGACAUCCCCAGGGAUCCCACCUCUGCCGAAAUUGCCUACUUCCUCUCAACUCGCAGCGGCGACCAAAUGGUACAACUGAUGCAAUCAAUCAGGGAGCCGGCGGCGCAAGUCACACUCACAGCGUCGCUUUUGCUCGCUCCUCCGGUUUCUGGGCAGAUUGCCGCUCCAGAGAAAACGAGGAAAGCUCUCAAUGCUUUCGUCGGUUUUCGAUGCUAUUACAUCCUCAUCCCUGUCUUCAAACCAUGGCCGAUGAAGAAGCUUUCCAACCUCAUGGGAGUCAUAUGGGAGGCUGAUCCGAACAAGUCAUUCUGGUCCUUGAUGACGAAGGCCUGGUCCAUGAUCCGUGACCAAAUCGGCAAGGAUAAGGCUCCGCUCGACCAGUUCUUUCGCAUCAUCUGCCCUUACCUCAACAUGCCUUCACCUGAAACAUAUCUGGAGCGUCAUGGAUGGCAACUCGUUAUUGACAAAGAAGGUGCGCCAACCAUUUCACGCGAAAACAUUCCCCAGCCAGGUUCACUGGGCGCUGGAAUUGCAGACAUGGCGCUCUCUGUGGAAGACAUCAUCAACUACUGUCAGUCAAUGGGUUAUGCCCAGGCAUACGUCUCUGCAACGAACAACACCUCACCAAUGUUCCUUGGGCAUUCAAUCAACCACGCUGCUGGAAAGAGCAGUUCAAUCACGAUGUCGACGCAGGUAGCAGGAUCUGUCCAUGAUAGUCGAAUGGCUGCACGGAACAAGCGACGAGCUAAACGACAGAAUAUCAGAGAAACUGGAGUUGUGCCAAAAUUGCAGGAGCAGAUUCUCGAUGCGCAUGUUACCAACCAGGCUGAUGUGCCGCAAGGUGAUGGCUCCAACAUCUUCGGGAACGAACCUGGCCAGUUCUACAGCAACCUCGCAGACUUGUUGACAAACCACAUCAUCCAUUGCGAAGAUACUAAUACGGGCUUCCCGAGCAACACAGUUUCAGGAUGGACUGACUGGAGCGCUUUCCGCCUCGGUGCCGAUGAGGACGCUACCCUCCCAUCAUUUGACCCAAGCAGCCUAUGA